AUGGCCGACAUUACCGACCAGCACGACCAGACCUCGCAGCCCGAGCUCGACGAGGCAGGCAAUGGCGCGGCAGCCCCUCAAGAGAGCCGCGGCGUGAAGCGUCAGCGCGGCGCGGGUGCCGACGACGACGACGACGAUGACGAGAAGGGCAACCGCGAGCGUCGCAAGAUUGAGAUAAAGUUCAUCAACGACAAGUCGCGUCGCCACAUCACCUUCUCGAAGCGCAAGGCCGGCAUCAUGAAGAAGGCCUACGAACUCUCCGUCCUUACCGGUACCCAAGUCCUUCUACUCGUCGUGUCCGAGACGGGCCUUGUCUACACCUUUACAACCCCGAAGCUGCAGCCGCUUGUCACCAAGGCAGAGGGCAAGAACCUCAUUCAGGCUUGCUUGAACGCUCCCGAGCCCGCCAACGGCAACGAGGGAGUUGUCGACGGCGCCGACCAGGUUGACUCUCCCGAAGAACCUGCGCCCCAGCACAUGCCUCCUCAAGGCGGCCGUGCUGGCAUGCCCCAGAACCCACACAUGCCUGCGGGCAACUACAUGCCGCCUAACAUGCCCAUGGACCCCCAGCAGGCACUGGCGUACCAGAACUAUGUCCAGAGGAAUCAGCCGUAUGGAUCCGGUAUGCCUCAGCAGCCGGGCAUGCCGCCCAGCGGUCACCACCAGUCUUGA